ACAUUACUUUUACUUGUGACACCGGGGAACUAGCAACGAUGUGUGUUAUUCAGGCAUAUUUACUUAGCGCGCUGGUGGUGGCGUCUUCAGCACAUUACGCCUGGGACCCGUACAUGCAGUACAGGCAGUACGCACAGGCCAGGCAGUACGCACAGGCCAGGCAAGACCAGGCAGAUCAACAGCUGCAGGCAUCAGAUUUCACUGGCGGCUACGAACAAAACUCCGGCUCGGUUGGCCACGACUUCGAAGGCCAAAGUGACUACGGCAGUACUCACGAUUUCGCUGCGCAUGGAUUCAGUGGGCACAACCUGAAAGCCCACUCAUAUCCAGUUCACCAACACGUGGAAGAAGAGAACCCAGAAGAGAUAAAGCAUUACAAGGAAGUCGUUGUACCAAUCCCUAAAAACGUAGAGUUCAAAAUCAACCAGCCUAUCCUCAUUCCGGUGCCGCACCCCGUUCCUAUUCAAGUGCCAGUGCCAAAGGCGGUCGUAAUACCUAUUAUUAAAGAAGUUUCUAUUCCCGUUGAGAAGUCGGUACCGUAUCCCGUAGAGAAACAAGUACAUGUACCAAAAAUUAAGGAAGUGCCGUUCGAGGUAGUAAAGCAUGUUAUUGUGCCAGUUGAGAAGCCUGUGCCUUUUAAAGUACCUGUUUAUGAAACCAUCAUACAUACUAAAAAAGGUUCCCAUAAGAUUUAAGCCUUCUGAUAAUUUUAGUAUUCUUUCUACUACUUGGCUAAAACUACAGUCUUCUAA